AUGAGCAAUAAACAUAAGAGAAGCGAAAGGAAGAAAUCAGACAGAGAAAGGGAGAAGGAAGACAUUAAAGAAUCACUCCGCGAAAUUCUUAAGGAGGCACCUCUUAAUCCUAUAACAUCUUCACAAACCCCUGAAGGUGAUGACAAGAUCAAAUACUAUCUGGAGAGAUGGUCUGUUAUUGCCACUCAUUUACCUGGAAGAACAGAUAACGAAAUAAAGAACCACUGGCACACCACUCUCAAAAAGCGCUUUGGAAAGAAGGUAGUUUACACUGAAACAAAUGAGAAAGCCUCAAAAUCAAACAGUUCUGGGUCCAACCCAGACAAGGAUUGCAUUUAG